AUGAUAAGAUGGAAUUGGUGGCAGUGCGCAGGUCAUGUCCACGCGAAGGAAAUCGAGUCCACCCAUAGAUCUGCGAUCGAUCAUAAAUUUCCCAUCUCGCGCAAAAAAAUGUUUCCAUCGUCUCUUCUUCCGUCUUCUUUCCCUGCAAUUGAAGCCAUCACACAACUGAAAAUGCCAGCCCAACCACACGACGACCCUUUCUGGAAACGCGCCCUGUGGGCGGCCCCCUUCCUCCCCCUCGCCAUCUGGCCCUGGCUCGAAGGUGAAGUCUCCGCCGCGCAUGUCAUCCCAUACCUGCUGCAAAUGGCCAAGGACGGCACCUGGACAUCUUCGAAUGGGGAGGUGACAUUGUCAAUGACCGAGCCGCACCUGGGUAUCCCACUCCUUGACAACGCGAUGGGUCCCCUCCUCGCCGUGUUCACGCCUUCAAUGACGGGGAUCGAUCUCGUUAGUCGAUUGCAGAUGGUUUCCUUCCUCACGGACGUCGGUCCCCUGUUCGUUGUCGGGAUGCUAGAGAAGUUUCGGCGGAGGCAUCAUUGGAGUGCGAUUCUAUACCCCUUCCUCUUCGCAAUCGCCUGCCAAUUCUUCGGAAUCGGGAAACUCGCAGGCGUCUACUACCUCAUCGAGUACCUCUGGUCGCCCGCGGUUACCCUCCCGACGGCGCAAAGCGCUUCUAUGCCCAAGGCCACGGUGGAUUCGCUGCUCGGCGCGAUUCUGCUCGUGUACUACCCGCUCGUCGCUGGGAGCUACUUUGCGCCGACGGUCGAAGGGCGAGUGACGAGUAAUGCGCUGUGGCAGUUUUUCCCGAUCCUUGUGGUGCUUGCGCAGGGGGUGUUGUUUGCGUUUCUCCGUGGCCGAGAAAAGAGCGACGACAAAACAGGUGGUGCGUCGGCAAAAUCCACAUCCAAGUCUGGCAAGGCCGCGACUGGGCCAGCUGCCACACGCCCGGACAUGCCUGCAAUCCGCCGAACACUCGCCACAUUGUCAAUCAUCUCAACCCUCGCCUUCCUGUACACGCGCGUCACGCGCCCGGCUGAUAUGUCCAUGACGGAAAUCUUCUUCCCCGUCGACUCCGGCACACCCAUCGACUCGUUCGAAACGGCCGUCCGGCGCAUGUUGCAGUGGGACCAGGUCUGCUGGGUGCUGCCGGGGUACUACUGGCUCCUUUUGUCAUUCCGAGAUCUGUCGUUGAAAGACGUGGAUGUUCCCUGGGGGCGCGUUGUGGGCGCGUUGGUGCUGGGGACGGUGGGCUUGGGAGCUGGGGCGACGUUUGGGCUUGUGUGGCUGUGGAGGGAGAGUUUGUUGGAGAGAUGUUUUGAGGGAAGAGGGAAGAGGGAUUGAGUCGAGUUGCAAGUCCGGAAUGGGUACAGCCGAGGAGAUGGCAGUCGUGAUAGGGUUACGUUACGUGCAUCAAAUCUCCACGCUCGGCGCUUCAUGCGCAGGUUCGGAUGCAGGGUCCGCAUUUAUCACGAUCACAGUCGGGUACGGACAGGAAAGGGUGGGGGAGUGAGUGGUGGUCUCGAUGGGGUUACGUGCAUGCAGUGAGGGCAUACCAUCUCCGCAAAGCAUGCGCAGGCUCGAGGCAGGGAGUAAGAGAAUGGAGCAGACGAGGUCUUGUUAGGUCUCCACAAAGGCCUGCAAAGCCUCAGAUGUAGGCUGUCUGGCGCAGUCGGGUACAUACAGGAAGUGUAUGAGGCACAGGUGGUCUGGUUAGGGUUACUCAUAGUAUAGCACCACCCGCUCUACA